AUGCGCAUAACGCGAAAAUUAAUAAUAGCAGCGUACAUUUUUGGAUUUGUAAUCUCGAUACCAAUUUUCAUAUGCAUAGCAAUUCGACCGUCCAUCAUACUACUCGAUGAAGAAGGGUGUUUAGCUUCGAUAUCAACCAUUAGCAAUAAAACCACCAACGUGACCAUCUACGAAUUCAAAGUCCCAGCUGAGAAGUAUCCUAUUAUAUACAGAUUCUUCGCGAUCUUUUACGGAAUUUUAAUAAAAAGUCUGCCUGGAAUUGUCCUAACUGUGAUCAGCUACAAGUUAAUCAUCGCCCUAAUAGAAGCACGAAAACGUCGAGCAGUAAUGGUUGUAAGCUCGAACCUAAAUCUCAUGGAAAAACAAACGGAUCGUACGACGAUAAUUUUGGUUCUCAUAUUGGCAUUAUUUAUAGCAGCAGAAAUUCCUCACGGAAUAUGCGCCACAAUAACGGGGAUCGUGGGUCCAGAAUUUUAUUGGGAUUACUACUAUUACACAAGAAAACUUUCAAAGCAUUAUUCAAACGAAAUUACAAGACGAGUAGUUCGUCUCACGAUGGAUAUCACAUCAGCUCAAUGGGCCAAAGAGGUAUUACUCAGAUAG